GCGGUGCAUGCUGGGAUGCCUGGUGUCUGGGGCGGCUAUUGGUCUCGCUCUGCGGAUCGACGGGAGCAACAGCCAAUCAGGGGGCAGCAUGAGGGACAGGCGGAAGCGGAAAUGAGGUUUCCGUGGAGACAGCCGACCCUGCGGAAGACGGCGGCGGCACCUGCGAGCGGAGGCCGGGGCAGGAAUGGUGGCGCGGACUGCCCUGUGAGAGCAAAGCGGCCGCGGGGUCCGCCAUGCGCCGGCGGCGCUGACAUGGGCACCAGCGGCUCCAAAGCUCGGGGGCUGUGGCCCUUCGCCUCGGCGGCGGGGGGCGGCGGCCCGGAGGCGGCGGCCGCGGAGCAGGCUUUGGUGCGUCCGCGAGGCCGAGUCGUGCCCCCCUUCGUAUUCACGCGCCGAGGCUCCAUGUUCUAUGACGAGGAUGGAGAUCUCGCUCACGAAUUCUACGAGGAGACAGUCGUCACCAAGAACGGGCAGAAGCGGGCCAAGCUGAGGCGGGUGCAUAAGAACCUGAUUCCUCAGGGCACCGUGAAGCUGGACACCCCCCGCAUCCACGUGGAUUUCCCUGUGAUCCUCUAUGAGGUGUGAGCCUGGGGGUUUUCAGGCCUAAGCACCUCCUGCCUCAGCAAGAAACCCUCAGGCUCAAGGUGUGGCUUCCACUGAGGAACCAGGCUGAAGCCACUGUCCUGAUUAAACUCCAUGGGCCUGGACGCUGCAGCUGUGAGCCGGGCAGUCCUGCAGUGUUGGUUGGGUGCUGGUUUGUCUUCGGAUGAGAGGUGGCUGGUAAGGGCUGACAGCGGAGUUACCAGCCUGCCUUCCCCGGCAGUGCCGAUAAGGAGCCUGGCAGGGCAUAUGCUGACCGGGGCUGCCUGGUUCCUGUGCCCUGGCCUGGCCUGCUUGCUUCCAAGCUUGCCUGGGGCCCAACCCUACUGGGGCUACAGCACUUUACAAGUAGGGUCUUUCUUCCAGCCCCUGGGCUGUGGGAGCUGUACACAAGUGGGGACUCCCCUUCCCUCACUUCCUCUACCCGUUCGUUGGAGCAUUUCAGCCAUUUGCUACCUCGAUUCCUCCUCUGUUGGACAGAGGCUGGGGCAACACAAGCCUGAUUCUUCAUACCUACCUGCCCUGUGUUCCCACCCCCGGACGGAGGGACUGUUUGCUGGCUGUUAACAGGAGGAGGGACUGGUGUGGAGGCUUCUCCCUCUGCCCAGAGCUGGGCUGACCCCUCCCCACUGCAACUAGUUGCCCCUGGAGUCGUCCUUCCCUCCCCGCAGUUGAGAAGGCAUAGGACGGGAUCAGGAAGGGCUCUGGAUGCCGGCGCCCCUACCCCCCUACUCCAUGUGAUCCCCCUUGCCUUUUGCACCAGCCCCCCCCCCCCCACAUUGGGAACACACCACCCUGUGGUGCCAGUAGCUCCGAGCCCACCACCCUGCCCCCUAUAUGUGCCCCUCCCUCAGGAUCAAUCCGGGGAAAGUGUUGGAGCCCUGGGUAGGGACAGAGAACAACCAUGAAAGGCGUAAGAUGUGAAAGUUUGUAAAUAGUCUAGUCCAUGACAUUGUUGGGGCAGAGUCUGAUUUCUAGAUAGAAAUGACUUUUUUUUUUAAUUCCUUACUGUCCAAGCUCUGUGCUUCCAGAGUAUGGGAAGUGGUGUGGGGAGGGUGGCCCCCAAUCUAGGAAGGCAGUUGUGUUAUUGGUUCAGUUUCAAUAAAAUUAUUUGUAGACCCUGAA